GAUGCGGCAUGAUGCAUGAGGUCCCUCAGCUUCUGGAGGACAUGCGUGACAGCAACCCACCUGUGCAGCCCGACAUCGUUACGUACUCGACGAUCGUUAAGGGGUAUUGCAUGGCUGGCGAAGUGGACAAGGCCUUCGCGCUCCUCAGGGAGAUGAGGAAGUGCAACGCCGUGACUCCCGAUGAAGUGCUCUACAACAGUCUGCUGGACGGCUGCGCCAAGCAGUCGCGCGUGGACGAGGCCUUGACGUUGCUGGAGGAGAUGAAGACGCAGGGUGUCGUGCCCUCGAACUACACGCUGAGCAUCCUGUGCAAACUGCUGGGUCGCGCCAG